AUGCGAGAACUCAGAUCUUCAUCCCUCCAUUCAGAAGCCUCUUGGUCUUCUUCCUUUACGGACACCGAUACCCGGACCUCCUCUUCCUCCACCCCUCCCGCGCCGCCGCCGCCGCCGUCCCGUUCCCAUACCCUCCUCCAACCAGCCCACAAAAAGAGACACAAAGCCAAAGUCUUUCGAGCCUUCCGUUCCGUUUUCCGAUCCUUCCCCGUCAUAACUCCCUCCUGCAAGUUCCCCUCCCUACCCAACGCCCACCUCGAAUGCCAUCACCACCGCAGUUCCCACGCCACAAAGGUCACCGGCACUUUAUUUGGUUACCGGAAAGGACGCGUAAGCCUCGCUGUGCAAGAAACCUCGAGAUGUUUACCUUCCUUGGUGAUAGAACUCGCCAUCCAAACGAGUGCAUUACAGAAGGAGAUGAGCGCAGGAAUGGUGAGGAUAGCUUUGGAAUGCGAGAAGCGGCAGGAGAGGGACAAGACGAAGUUAAUGGACGAGCCUCUGUGGACCAUGUUCUGUAACGGCAAGAAGACAGGGUAUGGCGUGAAGAGGGAGGCCGCAGAGGAAGACCUUCAUGUAAUGGAGCUUCUCAGGGCUGUGUCCAUGGGCGCCGGCGUGCUUCCUGGGAACUCCGACGUGGACGGAUCAGAUGCUGAGAUGGCAUACUUUCGGGCCCAGUUUGAACAUGUUGCGGGCUCAAAGGAUUCCGAAACGUUGUAUAUGUUGAGCCCAGAAGGGAAUUCUGGGCCUGAUCUAACCAUAUUUUUUGUGAGACUUUAA